AGAGGUCCGAAUCAUCAGACCGCAUUUACUACCUACAUACCUACAUACCUACCACAUACUAGCCACAAAAAUAAACAUCAAUUGAUCACGGUGUAGCUUAUUCAAUAACUACACCGUCGUAUCUUCAUAUCGGCAUAUUGCAUGAGCUGCCGUGCUCUAUAUUAUCGUGUCACGAUUCCACCCCUCAUAUUUAUAGAUGUAUUUCAAUUGACACUGACGAAGCCAACUUUGUAACACUAUAAACUGUCCGAUAACCUCACGCUCAUUCUCAAAAAAACGAAACCAACUUGCUUCUGUUAUUGCGAUCUAACGUAUACCACACAUAUUCAAGAACAACACAGUAGCGGGACUACAUCAAUUUGAUUCAUCAAUUGCAAUGGGUGGCGAAACUACGAAGCCGAAGGUCGCUUCGACCGAAUACCCCAUCCGGGCUCGUGCUCCGGUUGGCAAACGGAUCACCCACAUCUACAAGGAACGCAUCACACAAUUUUAUUCUAAGGGACAAUGGGAGAACCGAAACCUCCUUGCUAUGAUGUUUGAGGGUGUCGCCGAUGGUCCUCCAUAUGUUCAGCUCUGGACUUGGCCGGCUCCAAAUCUCGAGCGACCAACAUUCAAAGAGGCUAUGGCUGGAAAGUAUGAGCCGGCUGUUGUUGGUCAAGCCUUCGGCCCCUCAUGGUCUACACAUUGGUUCAAAGUUGUACUUCGAGUCCCCGAAGAUCUCCGAAAGAAGGAACAUUUAGAAUUCCAAUGGGACGCAAACUGUGAGGGCAUGGUUUGGACCGACGAUGGAAAGCCCUUGCAGGGUCUUACCGGCGGGGGUGAACGUGUCGAAUGGAUCCUUCCAGACUCUUUUAGAGAUGGUAAGGAACACACAAUCUACAUCGAGGUGGCCUGCAACAGUAUGUUUGGCAAUCCAACUGGCGGUGAUACUAUCCAGCCGCCCGAUCCCAACAAAUAUUUCCAGCUUGUCAGAGCUGCCAUAUGUGCUGUGAAUCUAGAUGCCCGACAGCUAUGGAUUGAUACUUGGAUCAUUGGGGAUGCCGCGAGAGAGUUUCCUGAAGAUUCAUGGGAGCAGCACAAAGCCUUGAACGUUGUCACCGACAUUAUUGAUUCCUACGUUCUAGGCGACAAGGAAUCUAUCAAAAAGGGUCGUAAGAUCGCGCAGGAAUACAUUGGAUCCAAUGUCGAUUCCUCCAAGGUCUACGAUACUGAUCUCGUUCCUCAAGUUUUUGGGAUUGGUCAUUGUCAUAUUGAUACUUGUUGGCUAUGGCCCUGGGCCGAGACGAAAAGAAAGGUGGCAAGGUCCUGGUCUAACCAGUGUAACCUAAUGGAAAGAUAUCCGGAACUGAACUUUGCUUGCUCCCAAGCACAGCAAUACAAAUGGUUGAAGGCCCUAUACCCGUAUGCUUUUGACCGGGUCAAGCAGAAGGUAAAGGAACACCGGUUCCACCCGAUUGGCGGGAGCUGGGUCGAACAUGACACAAAUAUGCCUAGCGGCGAGUCUCUCGUCCGACAAUUUUUAUAUGGUCAGAGAUUCUUCCAGAGCAACUUUGGCGAUCGUUGCCGGACCUUCUGGCUUCCUGAUACGUUUGGGUAUUCGAGUCAGCUUCCCCAGAUUUGUCGCCUGGCUGGCAUGGAUCGUUUCCUCACACAGAAGCUCAGCUGGAAUAACAUCAAUAAUUUCCCCCACACCACUUUCAAUUGGGUCGCGCUUGACGGGAGCCAGGUUAUAUGCCACAUGCCGCCAUCCGAAACCUACACAGCCGAAGCCGAGUUUGGCGAUGUCAAACGCAGUAUCACCCAGCACAAGUCAAUGGAUCAAGACCACACUUCUCUAUUGGUCUUCGGCAAAGGUGAUGGUGGUGGUGGCCCUACUUGGCAGCACAUCGAAAAGCUGCGACGUUGCCGUGGUAUCAGUGACCAAGUCGGUCGUUUACCCAGAGUCCACCUGGGCAAUAGUGUAGAUGAUUUCUUCGACAAGCUCGAGGAGAAGGGUGAGUCCUUAGUAACUUGGUAUGGCGAGCUCUACUUCGAACUUCACCGCGGCACAUACACGACCCAGGCAAACAACAAACGUAAUAACCGAAAAUCGGAGUUUAUGUUACGAGAGCUCGAAUUAUUGGCUACAAUUACAUCCCUCAAGUUCGACUCUUACAAGUACCCGAAGGCGGACUUUGAUGAAAUGUGGGAGGCAGUCCUUCUUUGCCAGUUCCACGAUUGUCUCCCCGGAAGUUCAAUUGAGAUGUGCUACGAUGACUCUGAUGAGUUAUAUGCCAAGGUAUUCGAGACAGGCCACUCGAUAUACAAAGAUAUCUAUAAAUUAUUCGGUGUCACGCCGAUAGAAACCGCUGGCCUGGAUGGUAAUCUUGUUGCCCUAAAUACUCUCCCGUGGUACAGAAAGGAGAUCAUCGACCUUUCCCCGACGGCUAUUGGUGUCGCCUGCGGGGCUGGAAACCUUGUCAACCUUCAGCCAUUCAAAAUAAAGGAAACCAAGGCUGUAACCGUUAAGGAGGUCAGCGAUGGUAUUUUCGUCAUGCAGAAUGACCAAUUGACUGUGAAGGUCCAAAACGGCACCAUUACUUCCCUCAUAGACCGCAAGGCAGGACGUGAAAUUAUUGCAAAGGGCGGAAAGGCAAACGAGCUUGUGAUAUUUGACGACAAACCCCUGUACUGGCAAGCGUGGGAUGUUGAGGUUUACCAUCUUGAUACACGCAAAGUGGUUCCCUACGGCAAAACUAGGAUUUUUGAGGAUGAGGAACACCGAGUUAGCGUCUCGACCGAGGCAAAGAUCAGUGAAAACAGCUCAAUCAUUACGAUUUUGAGUUUGUCUGCCGCCUUUGAGGGUCAACAGUCCUACGUCGAGUGUACUGCUCACGUGGACUGGCGUGAGACCAUGAAGUUCCUAAAGGUCGAGUUCCCAGUCGAUAUUCGAAACACGGAAGCCUCUUACGAGACCCAGUACGGUAUUGUCAAACGACCUACUCAUUACAACACGAGCUGGGAUAUGGCUAAGUUUGAGGUGUGCUGCCACAAGUUUGCUGAUUUGUCAGAGCAUGGUUAUGGUGUCUCUAUCCUCAAUGACAGCAAAUACGGGUUUGCUACCUGUGGAAACCUUAUGCGCCUGUCUCUACUACGGUCGCCAAAGGCUCCUGAUGCUCAUGCAGAUAUGGGAAAGCAUGUCAUCCGCUGGUCCAUCUUGCCGCACCAGGGAGACUUAGGCGGCACAACCGUCCGCGCAGGAUACAACUUCAAUCACCCAAUGAAGGUCCUCUCAGCACCCUCGACAGCCGACAAAUCGGACGAAAUCGCCACGCUUUCAAAAUACCCCGUUCAGCUCACCGGCGACGACUCGCUGAUUCUAGAUUGCGUCAAGCGUGGUGAGGAUGACGAAGACGUUUCUCAAGACACCUCGAUUCCCCGUCGCAAGGGACGGAGUGUCAUCAUCCGCGUCUACGACAGUCUCGGUGGUCGUAGCUCAGGAAAACUUGAGACAAACUGGGACGUGAAGAAGGUAUUCAAAACAAACAUUCUGGAGGAUGAUCUAGAAGAGAUCAGUCUUGAGAAGGACGGCUCUUUCCUAAUCUCCGUUCGUCCCUUCGAGGUGGCAACCUACAGGCUUCAGUUGUAAUUACGCUGCUGAGCUAAGCAAAACUCUAAUACCCCUUUAAACUACACGCGAAUCCCAGCGUCGAAGGAUUGUAGAUACCUAGGUAGUCAGCGUUUGUUGGUGGCGCGUGCGACUUCACAGAAAAGGACAGAGUGUAUUAAAAUUGUCGGCUUUUCUAACAUAUUGAUUGUUUCUGCUUAAGGAUAGGCACUUCCUGACUGGGGUCCUCUAGAGCGAGGUUUAGUCUAGAAGAUCCGUCGCCAGUCAUUAGGAUACUCUCAAAGCGCUUCCAAGGACCACAAGCCCUUGAGAGUUGCCUGCUUGUUUCUGUUAUUCGGGUAUGCAGUAUGAUGAAAUGUACUUUAUAGGUUAUGAUGGUAUCACGAUCCUCUCAAUGCUAUCUAAGUGUCCUUUGUAGGAAGUGAUAUUACCGUGACAUAGUAUUUCAUUAUUUGAGGAUCUAAACGAAUUUCAAGAAUUUUACUAUAUCCAUGUUAUUUAUACCUCAACUACCUUAUAAAUCCCCUAUACCAAAAUCUAUAUUAAGAAAGUUC